UAGGAUGAGUAUAGUGAGUAAGCUCUGUAAGGUCCUCUGAGCUGGCCGCACCGUGGUCAAGCCAUUGUGACAUUCCCCCGCCCUUGUGAUAAUGUACUUUGUGAUAUUCCCCAUCCUUGUAAAGGUAGUUUCUAACAUUCCUCCCCACCCUUGUGACAAUACAUGCCCCCCGCCCUUGUGAAUGUACUUUGUAACAUUCCUCCCUGCCCUUGUGAAUGUAUUUGUAACAUCCAUCCCCUGCCUGCAAAAAAUUGCUUCUGACUCCACCGCCUAUCCCAAACUUAAAAGAAUAAAUGAUAAUCCCACCACCCUUUGCUGAUUCCUUUCUCGGACUCAGCCCACUUGCACCCAAGUGAAUAAACAGCCUUGUUGCUCACACUAAGCCUAAUCAGGUGGCCUCUUAUACGGACACGCAUAAUAUUUGGUGCCAAAGACCCGGGACAGGGGAACUCCUUCGAGAGACUGGUCCCCUGUCCUCACGCUCCCUCUGUGAGGAGAUCCACCUAUGACCUCGGGUCAUCAGACCAGCCAGCCCAAGGACCAUCUCACCAAUUUCAAAUCGAUCUUCUUGGCUUAGCGGCUGAAGAUUGAUGCUGCCUGAUUGCCUUGGAAGCCCUUGGACCAUCACGGACGCCGAGCUUUGGGUAACUCUUACAGUGGAGGGACCUUCCCUAUUGGAUUCAUCAUUCCAGAAUAAAGCUGUGCCCACCAGCCAGCCUGAUCUCUCCUCUUCCUCCUGGAAAUCGCAGCACCGCUGGGUUAGGGUCUCCCCAACCGAGCUGGUCUCAGCAACAGGCGUCCAUUCAUGGGGGCUGGAAUCCAGGUCGAAGGGUUGCCGGAGCGAUGGUUGGAAUGGAAAACUAGCUGGAGGACACCCGAGUACUCUUAAAGCAAUCCCCUGGCCAAAACCAACAGCCGAUUUGGGUACUAUCAAGACACCUGAAACCUUAUUAUGAGCCGGAUGCUGAGGAAGAGACUCUGGGAGGAUCCCGAGGACCCCCCAGUUGCAGACAUGUUGAGACUGACGCUGAGGAGGACCCCUACUGUCACGGCCCUCACCCGUCGAACACACCUGGGGGCAGAUCAAGAAGCUGUCACAGAUGGCAAAAGAAAACCUGAGGAAAGUGGGACAACCAGUCACAAUGAAUAAUUUAAUGGUAGCUAUGAUAGCAGUUAUCACCACUGCCGUGAGUAUUCCUUCAAUAAGGGCUGGUAAUAAUGCCUGGAUGCAAUCACUAUGACACAGUUACACAUGCUUUCUGAUCUCAGUAUUUACCAUAAUAAAUCUGAUCCUAUAAUUGAGGCAUACCACCCUCAAAAACCCAUUUGUAAACAGGAUUGGA